AUGACCUGGUCAGUCAACGUUCACACCACGACAACCACCGACACCGAGCCUUCCAUCAUCGCCACCUUCGACAACGCAAAAUACAUCUUUGGCACAAGCGAAAACACGGGACGCGCAUUUCUUCAGAAUAAUGGAAAUUGGAAGAGGUCGAGGGCUUUGUUCUUCAGUCAGACGAGAGUGGAGAAGAUGAGUGGGCUGCCAGGUCUGGUCAUGUCCUUCGCUGACGCGACGAUCAGAAAAUUGCAUCUCCUUGGACCUCCCGGGUUGACGCAUAUGAUUGCCAGUAUGCGUAUGUAUAUCUUCAGAGACUCCAUUCAGAUUCAAACCUCCGAGAUACCAUGGACGACACCAGCUGGCUCUUCAUCCAGCCCAUGUUAUCAGGAUGAAAACAUCACCGUCUACGCUAUCCCGGUUCUGCCCUCAUUGGCAACACACAGCCCUUCUCGGAGCUCAGAACCUUCAGCACCAGCUAAUUCGCCCAUCGAACCAACUCAAGAACUCCCAGAAAAACGAAAACGAGAACCAUCCCCUGAAGGCCCUAGAAAACGACAGAACCCAGGAAGUCGUUCGCCCGCGAGGAUAGCACUGUCCGAUGGUCUCCUUGAACUCAUCCAACAAAAAGGAUUCACCCCUGAGACGCUGACGGGAGAUUUAGAAGAUGAAUAUCGACGCAUGAUCAUACAUACGAUGUUCCCGAAUCUCAAACCCAACCUACUUCCAACCAAAGAGGAAACCGCAGAAAACAGACGGCGCAGCAGGCAAGGGAUGAAGAAGGAAGCUACUCCACCACUAGCGGAAAACGAGAACAUCGACAUUGACUCCCAGCGCCGUACGCGUGGAAGUCUUCCCAAUGGGUUCCAAAAACAAUUGCCCCGCUUCGUCGCCCCGCUACCACCUUCCACGUCGCCCCCUACCUUGUCGUACUUUGUCGUCGGCCCUCGUUAUCGAGGCAAAUUCGAUGUCGAGAAGGCGCGAGAGUUGGGAAUCGUCGGACCGGAUAGAGGUAAGCUGACGAGAGGCGAGUCGAUCACCAUUAGGGUCAAAGCUGGCGUCUCGGACGAGCUUGUGGAGCGGGUUGUGCGCCCUGAGGAGGUGAUGGGGGAGUCAACACCUCCUUCGGCUUUCUUAAUUUUGGACAUACCGACGAUUGACCUUAUCCCUUCUCUUAUAAACUCGUUCAAAACGACAGAGCUGUACCACUCUGUCUGGUCGGAGGAUCCUGCUGCCUGGAAACCUUCAUCUGACCGCCUCCUGCGAACGAUCUUCCAUCAGUGUGGGAAGGGCGUGUUGGAGGAUGAGAGAUACAAAACUUUCAUGCGCGGAUUCGGGUCCGAGGUUUAUCAUAUGGUCGCCUCAAGAGAGCACUGUCCGGACCCAGUGACAUUCACAAGCGCCGCCUACAACCAGCUUCGACUUAGCCGUCUAGACGAGAAGAUGUUCCCUACGCCUCAAUAUUCCUUGACGGGGAAGAAAGACUUGAGCACUAUCCCAGGCUUACCUACCCGAAUCCAACCCAUGACGCCAAACCUUCAGCACCGUUACCAUCCUCUCUCACCUCCAGCAAUGGGUCAAACUGCACUGGAAGCGGAUCGGUUCCACCCCCCUGCCACUGGUGCUCGGCCAAUCGAGUUCUCAGAAAAUAUGCAGCGUGCUGUCACUGCCGCAAAGGAGAAUGUAGAGAGGCGACUGAAGAAAAUAGAAGAGGGAGAUGUGCUGAAGGAAGUACCAGGCAAAGAUGUGAGUAUUGUUACGCUCGGUACGGGUGGGUCGUUGCCGAGUAAAUAUCGGAAUGUUUUGUCAACGUUCAUCAGGAUACCAGGGUGGGGCAAUGUCCUGCUCGACGUGGGUGAAGGGACGUGGGGUCAGCUGACAAGGAACUAUGGCCUGGAUGGGACACCAUACACUGCCUGGGAUGCAAUCAGGGACCUUAAAUGCAUUUUCGUCAGCCAUAUUCAUGGAGAUCACCACAUCGGACUUGCGCAUCUACUCGCCAAGAGGCGCUUGCUUGAUCCAGCACCGGCGCACCCGCUCUACCUCGUUUCCAUUCGGAACGUGCAUAUAUAUUUGCGCGAGAUGUCCGACGUGCACGACCUUGGUCUGACUGAUCCAUUCAAUCCUUCCUCAAAUGGCGUCAUUCCUAUUCUCAGCGAGACUCUGCACUACCGCAGUGUAGGAAAGUACCUCACCACGGGCAUGUGGCAAGUCGGCGGAGACGAACCUUGGUUAGAUUUCCAGACAUCGGUGCAGAAUGGGCAAGAGAUGUGUCGCUCCUUGGGGCUGGAGUGGUUCAAGACGGCUGAUGUCCACCACCGUGCGAGGUGCUUUGGGAUGUCGUUCAAGCAUCAGGAUGGCUGGGGUAUAACGUUCUCCGGCGACACAAUGCCUACGGAAAAUCUAGUUAGAAUCGGGGCUGACACCACGGUUCUAAUCCAUGAGUCAACUAUGGCGGACUUCGACGCUGAAAUGGCAAUCAAGAAGGGACAUAGCACGAUGGGUCAGGCUAUCGAGAUUGGGAAGAGGAUGAACGCCAAAAAUAUUCUAUUGACCCACUUUUCCGCUCGAUACCCCAAGCUGCCCCCCUCUCUUUCGAACCAAGUCGCUCGAGAAGGGCCUGAUGCGAAGAAUCUCAUUGUCUUUGGCUUCGACCACCUCAAUCUCACCCUAGGCGAGAUGUGGAAGAUGGCGUAUUACACUCCUGCGAUUUAUUGCAACAUCAAUGACACGUUGGAGGAGGAUGUUGAAAGCCUACCAGGCACACCAACCCACGCAGCGAGGCCGCGCGCCAGCUAA